GUCGGGGCCGGCGGUGACCGCGGGGCGGCCCGGGGUCCGCUCCCCGGCUCGGGGUCCGCGGGGCCCUGCCCCGACCGAGCCCUGCGGGAUAUAUAAAUUAUACAAAAAUACUUCUGGUUUCUGUACAGCAUUUCACUGACUUUGGUUGUGAAGGCUUAUCACAUGAUACAGAUAACUUAAAGAGAUCUUGGACAGUACUUGAAGGGUUGUUCGACUACAUUCUGAAUUGCACUAAGUUUUGCAACACAGCACAUGUCUAAGUAUGCAGUCUGCUAAUAUGCUUCUGAGAAAAAUUGUAAGAAGUCCUGUCCUUCCAUUUGCUGCACAACAUGGUAUGAAAAAGGAUUUGUUUCCGCUCAGUAGAACUCUGAGUUUAUCACUUUGUCUGAAGCAGGACAAGUCAUGUGAACCUUCAGAAAAACUGGAUUUAGAUGAGUGGAAGAAGGUAAUGAAAUCUGGGUUGCAAGAAGAGGUCAGUGAGACGGUCUCGGAGCCUAAGGAGCUUUCCAGUUUGGCUGCUGCACGUGAGACUUUGGAGAUGUGGAGACUAGCUGGCAGAGCAGUUCCAGAAAAAAUUAGUGAAGAACAGCUAAAAACUUUUAUGGAGUGUCCUUCUAAGUCAGCCAAAAAGAAGUAUUUAAAAUACUUGCAUCUCAGAGAACUUUACAAGAAAAAUGACAAAAGAAAGAUGGAUGAGAAAAGACAAAGGAAGCUAGAAGCACAAGACCAAGCUUCAGAAACAGAUGAGACCAAAAAGAGUUCAUUUGUAUGUUUGUGGUCCAGCACUAUGGAUAAAGCAUACAACUGGAGGGCUGCUCAGUCCAUGAUCUUUGGCCAGCCUCUAGUAUUUGACAUGUCUUAUGAAAAAGAAAUGUCUGUCCGAGAAGUUGCAAAUACAGUGAGACAGCUAGUACUGAGUGAAAGCUGCAACCGGAGAUCUGUGGAUCCAUUCCACAUCCACUUCUGUAACUUCAAAGAGGAUAGCCUCUAUCAAAGGGAAUUCAUCAAGCAUUAUGGAGAGGCAUGGGGCAGACUGCUUAUCACAGUGACAGACCAGUGCUACACAGAAAUCUUUCCGAAGGAUAAGCUCAUCUAUCUGACAGCUGAUUCUCCCAAAGUAAUGAAAACAUUUGAUCAUGAUAAGAUCUAUAUUGUUGGGUCAAUGGUUGACAAGAGCAUAAAAACAGGACUCUCUUUAGCACGGGCAAAGCGAUUAGGACUGGAGACUGCAGCCCUUCCACUGGAGAAGUAUUUGCUUUGGAGUACUGGUGCCAAAAAUCUCACACUGGAUCAAAUGAUGCAUAUUUUAUUAACCUUGAAAGAUACUGCUGACUGGAAGAAGGCUCUGGAAUUUGUUCCAAGAAGGAAAUACCGUGGCUUUGUAAACAAACCUGUAAAGGAACUGAAAAAAACGUUAGACCUGAUCAACACACUUAAACUUGGAAAAGGACGGGAAGAAGUAGAAAAGCAGUUUGCCAAAAAUUACCCCAAGAAGUAUAAACUAAAGCAAAAGUAGAGUGAUGGGGAGGAGAAUGAAUUUUUUACACACAAACUGUGUCUGUUAAUGCUCCGGCUUCUCAGUACAUGUGGAACUCUGUUCAGCUCUUAAUCUCGGAACAUGUUUUGUUGCUUAUGUUUGAGAUUACCAUUGUUAAGAAUUGGGGUUUUUAAAUUACUUUAGUAGUCCAGCUGUUCAAAUUUAUUCACACAUUAUUGAAAUUAUGUAAGAGAAAUGAGAUUAUCUAUUGUAAAAAAACUCAACAUGA